AGCUGUUUGGCAGAACAGAUUCCAGAUCAAUUGAUAUCCGCUCUGAUCAAGCAAACGCCUUGUGUGAGUUUGCCCCGAUUGUAUGUAAGUAAUCACUCAGCUGAGAUAGUAGACAACGGCACCGGAACAGCAGUAGCAGUAGCAACAAACAUACAACGCCAUGGCGGCUGGCGCAGAGUAGAGUUUUCUUGGAUGCUACGACUACAAACCGAAAGCACCACCAACGAAACCCCUCAGAUCGAUUUGGGACGCCGUCGUGUAACGUUCUCCAGUUUUUCCAUAUUCCGACCAGACGACAGACGAAAGACGAUGAUUCAGGCGAAACAGUUACGGAUGAUGAUGCUGGUGCUGCUCGUGCUCUUGCUCGUGCUGGAGCUCUUCUCGUGCCCAACUCUGGCUCUGGACCCGCUGACCGUCUGUCCGCCGAGUGUGGGCUGUGUGAAGGGCACUCACCGCAAGGGCUAUCAGUCGGAGCGGUUCGAGGCCUUCAUGGGCAUUCCAUAUGCCAUGCCGCCCGUGGGAGAGCUGCGGCUAAGCAAUCCCAAGGUUAUGCCCAAGCUGAUUGGCGUCUACGAUGCCACCAAGCCCAAGCCGGACUGUGUGCAGAAGAACUAUCUGCUGCCUACCCCCAUCGUCUUUGGCCAGGAGGAUUGCCUCUAUCUGAAUGUCUACAGGCCACAGCUUCCUCGCUCUAGACAGUCCCUGCUGCCUGUCAUGGUCUACAUCCAUGGCGGUGGCUUCUUCAGUGGCUCCGCGGGACCUCAACUGACGGGACCAGAAUACUUCAUGGACUCGGCUGAGGUUAUACUGGUAACCAUGGCCUAUCGUCUAGGGCCUUUCGGUUUCCUGUCCACCCAGGAUGCAGCCAUCUCCGGAAACUUUGGCCUCAAGGACCAGAAUCUCGCCCUGCGCUGGGUGCAACGCAACAUCGAAGCCUUCGGUGGCGAUCCCAAGCGUGUGACCAUCUUUGGCCAGAGUGCCGGGGGCGUGGCCACGCACCUGCACCUACUGAGUCCCAGGUCGAAAGGUCUCUUCCACGGCGUGAUCAGCACCAGCGGCACAGCCAACGUGCCCUUCGCCAUCACGGAGCAACCCCUGGCGCAGGCCCGUCUGGUGGCCGAUCUCUGCGGAAUCAAACUGGCGCAAAAUCUCAGCACGGCGAAACUGGCGCGUGCGCUGCGCCAUGUGGAGGCAACGAAACUGCUGGACGCCGGCGAUGGCCUCAAGUUUUGGGACGUGGAUCACAUGACAAACUUCCGGCCCGUGGUGGAGCAGGGCGUGGGCGCCGAGGCCUUUCUCAGCGAACAUCCCAGCCGGCUUGUGGCACGCGGCAGUCGCAUGCCCAUUCCCUGGCUGCUAGGCACUGUGCCGGACGAGGGAGCGGUCCGCGUGGUGAACAUCAUGGGCAAUGAGACGCUGCGCCAGAGCUUCAACGAUCGCUUUGACGAGCUGCUGCAGGAACUGAUGGAGUUUCCGACCGGCUUCAGCGAGCAGCGGCUGGCCAGCAGCAUGAAGCUCAUCCUGAAGGAGUACUUCGGGGAUGAGCACGAGGUGAACGAGAAGACUGUUCAGGGAUUCAUGGAUCUCAUCACUGACAGGGGAUUCAAGCAUCCGCUGUACAAUGCCAUCCGGGCAGAUGUCCGCCAACGGCAUCCGCAUCCCCUCUAUCUGUUUAGCUUCAACUACAGGGGUCCGCUGAGCUAUGCCUCCGCCUACACAUCGGCGAAUGUCAGCGGCCGUUACGGUGUGGUCCAUUGUGAUGAUCUGCUCUACUUGUUCCGCAGCCCCCUGCUAUUUGCCGACUUUGAGCGCAACUCCACGGAGGCCAAGGUGAUUCAUUCGCUUGUCGAUUACUUUGUGCACUUUGCCAAAUUCGGCAAACCCAGGAAUAUGGAGUCACUGACACCGUGUACGGAAUCGCUGCUCCAGUCACGUCCAGUCAGUGGUAUGUGUGAUUACCAGGAAUUUGCCAAUACGCCGGCUCCCGCCAAGGGGUUCGAGGUGCACGUGUCCAGCCAAUUCCAGGGGGCACGAGUUCAGCUUUGGUCGAGUAUACUAAAUGAAACCUCCUUAAAUGAAUGAGUCACAAUACUCUCGUAUCUGUACGAACAGUUCCAUGCUCUCCUCAAAGAUGUAGCACUUAAAACGGUGCACACACAUGCAUACGUAAAAUCUCAAAUAAAACCCUUGGAUUUAAUCCUUGACGUAGCAGGAA